CUAGAACCAUCCCCUAAUCACACUCAUCAAAGUUCCCUUCUUUUCAUGCAAAAACUUCACUUUUUUAUGUUGUUUUCCGCUAAAUUUUCGAACACAUAGCUCUGUUACUACCAAGAGUCAUAUGUAAGGGUAAGUUGCAUAGUUUCGUAUGUAAUCUGAAUUUCAAACUUUUUUGAUGGGUAGAUAAUCAACGCCAAAGAGUGAAGAUACCUCAGUCCUCACCUAUCUCCAGAAAUCGAGUAGUAAAGUCUGAAAGAAAAAUGGGAAUCGUGGAAAGGAUUAAAGAGAUUGAGGCCGAGAUGGCUCGGACGCAGAAGAAUAAAGCUACAGAGUAUCAUCUUGGUCAGCUCAAGGCAAAGAUUGCAAAGCUCAGAACACAACUCUUAGAGCCUCCAAAAGGUUCUAGUGGAGGUGGGGAUGGUUUUGAAGUUACAAAGUAUGGUCAUGGACGUGUUGCACUUAUAGGCUUUCCAAGUGUUGGAAAGUCCACGCUUUUGACAAUGUUAACCGGCACACAUUCUGAAGCAGCCUCAUAUGAAUUUACAACGCUUACAUGCAUCCCUGGAGUAAUUCACUACAAUGACACCAAAAUUCAGUUGCUUGAUCUUCCUGGAAUUAUUGAAGGUGCUUCAGAAGGAAAGGGACGAGGAAGGCAGGUUAUUGCUGUUGCAAAGUCUUCAGACCUUGUGUUGAUGGUUCUUGAUGCCUCAAAAAGUCAAGGUCACAGGCAAAUACUGACUAAGGAGCUUGAAGCAGUGGGUCUGCGUCUAAACAAAAGACCUCCACAGAUAUACUUUAAGAAGAAGAAGACUGGUGGGAUUUCUUUUAACACUACCGCACCCUUGACUCGCAUUGAUGAGAAGCUCUGUUAUCAAAUUCUGCAUGAAUACAAGAUUCACAAUGCUGAGGUUCUAUUUCGUGAGGAUGCUACGGUGGAUGACUUUAUUGAUGUCAUUGAAGGCAACCGCAAAUACAUCAAAUGUGUAUAUGUCUACAACAAAAUAGAUGUUGUUGGAAUCGAUGAUGUUGAUAGGCUAGCACGGCAGCCAAAUUCUAUUGUUAUUAGCUGCAAUCUAAAGCUAAACUUAGACAGACUACUUGCAAGAAUGUGGGACGAAAUGGGACUUGUGAGAGUUUACUCAAAGCCUCAAAGCCAACAACCAGAUUUCGAUGAACCCUUUGUCCUCUCAGCUGAUAGAGGUGGCUGCACAGUUGAAGAUUUCUGUAACCACGUCCACAGAACUCUGGUGAAGGAUAUGAAGUAUGCACUGGUUUGGGGCACAAGCGCUAGGCACUACCCUCAACACUGUGGUCUUUCUCAUCAUCUUGAGGAUGAAGAUGUUGUUCAAAUCGUCAAGAAGAAGGUGAGAGAAGAAGGAGGAAGGGGACGGUUCAAGUCACACUCAAACGCGCCUGCUAGAAUUGCAGACCGUGAGAAGAAAGCUCCACUAAAGCAAUAAGACAGUUGCUCAUCCUGAAUUUUCCCAAGUAAGACAGACCUUAUGUGUAUUAAAACCAUAACUAGAAGAAUAAAUGGAAAGCGAUACUUGUUAGUGCCAAUAUCUACUGUAAACUCUGUUAUUAGUCUAUAAAAAGGCAUUCCUGUCUU